CAUCUUUCACACAUUAUCUCUCUUACUUUAACCUAUUCCUCUCUGUCCACAUCCAAAAAUCUAUUCCUCCCAACACCAAAAAUGGCAGAAAUCCCCACGUGAUAUCACAUCACAUCACCCUCUUCCCACCUUCUCCUCCCCCAACCCCAUUUCAAUGCCCUUUCCCGUUUUCCCCUCUAAAAUCCUAACAUCUAACAUCUCAAGCCUCAUCCCCCUCGCCCAAAAACUCUCCAAAAACGGCCCCGUAAAACGCGAAUCCACACCCCGCCGGAUACGGGGUCUCUUUGCCGGAGAAUGGGUCUUUGAUACGCUUGGGGCGGUUUAUGUUUGGGAGGAUGUUUAUUAUCCAUAUUUCUACAUCCCAGUAAACGAAUUUAGGGAGGGUGUGCUUGAGAAGGUUGAGGGUAAGGGUGAGGGUGAGGACGGAUUUUACCUCGCAAGAUUGAGGGUUGGGGAUAGGAGUACGGAGAGGGUUAUUGUUUUCUCGUCGACGAGCGUGGAGGCGGUGAGGGGGUUAGUUCGGGUGGAACAUUCAACGAUCGAUUGGUUCGCGGAAGAUGAGAAAUUGCUGGGACCUCAUCCUAAGGAUCCGUAUAAGAGAAUCGAGACGCUGCCCAGUAGCAGGAGGGUUAGGAUUGAAGUUGCGGGUGUGGUUGUUGCGGAGAGUUCCCAGAAUGUCUUCCUCUACGAAACGAUGCUGAGGCCGAGGUAUUAUCUUAAUGCUGGGGAUGUUAAAUGGGAGUUUUUGAGCGAGAGUGGGACGAUUAGUUAUUGUCCUUAUAAGGGGAUGGCGACUUAUUAUAAUGUUAAAGUUAAAGGGAGGGAGAUCAAGGAUGCCGUGUGGUAUUAUAGGUAUCCGACGAGCGAGAGUGCGUUGGUUGCGGGGAGGUUGUGUUUUUAUAAUGAGAAGGUGGAUGUUUUUGUUGAUGGGGUGAGGGAGGAAAGCCCUCGUUUGUUUAACAUUCCGUUUGUACAAAAGGGUAUGUUGUAGGUGAAUUGACAGCCUUCAGCCAAUGGCGUCUUGUCAAGUCUAUGAGAAAAGCUAUAACUUGACAGAUAUUUGAAUAGAAGUAAGUAAAUGGACUAAGCCAAUCGACUUUCGAGAAUAUUUUUUCUUGUACGUUAGCAUUUUUGACCAAGCAACGUUUUUGGCAAAUCUUUAGAGCAAGGGGACAAGUUAUACCUGAACUCACAACCUGAG